GGAUUCCUAUAAGAACUGCGGUAGUCUUGAGAGCCCUUCAUUCGACAGGAUCACAAAGCAACCAUGAGGUCUCUGGUUUUUAUUCUGCUUCUGGGAGUCGCUGUGGCUCUGGAUGAUGAUAAGAUUGUUGGAGGGUACGAGUGUGAGCCCCACUCCCAGCCCUGGCAGGCGUCUCUGAACACUGGGUACCACUUCUGCGGUGGCUCCCUGGUCAGCGAGAACUGGGUGGUGUCCGCCGCUCACUGCUACAAAUCUCCGAGCCGUUUGGAAGUGCGCCUGGGUGAGCACCACAUCGGGCUGAACGAGGGCACCGAGCAGUUCAUCGGCGCUUCCAACGUCAUCCGCAACCCCAACUACAGCUCCUGGGACCUGGACAGUGACGUCAUGCUGAUCAAGCUGAGCAGGCCUGCCACCCUGAACAGCAACGUGCAGCCCGUGGCCCUGCCCACCAGGUGUGCCCCUGCUGGCACCAUGUGCAGAGUCACUGGCUGGGGCAACACUAUGAACCCUGCCGUUAGCGGAGACAAGCUUCAGUGUCUGGAAAUCCCCAUCCUGUCGGACAACGACUGCUCAAACUCCUACCCUGGCAUGAUCACCUCCACCAUGUUCUGCGCUGGGUACCUGGAGGGAGGCAAGGACUCCUGCCAGGGUGACUCUGGCGGCCCUGUGGUGUGUAACGGUGAGCUGCAGGGUGUUGUGUCCUGGGGAUAUGGCUGUGCGGAGCAGGAUCACCCCGGUGUCUACGCUAAGGUGUGCAUGUUCAGUGACUGGCUCCGCACCACCAUGGCCAGCAACUGAGUUUGAUCCCAGCUAUGCGACUCCACUGCAGUCACACAGCGCAACAGCAUUCUGUGCAGUCCACCAACAACCGCUUCCAACAGAUCUAUGGACAGUGUGACAAAUAAAGCAUUUCCAACAAAAUA